AUGGAUGACCUCGAGUCUCUGGAGCUGUUCUCGCUCGUCUCGCGCGUGACGAACGAGUUCGAGAACCAUCUGGGAAUCGCCGACAAGACUCUCGCAGAGUUCGUGAUCGAUCAGCACCUCAAAUGCAAUGGCAAGUUUUCUGAAUUCAAGAAAUUUUUCGACGACAUGGGCGGCGAAUUCCCGCAGAGUCUCCUGGAAAGUGUCGACCGCAUGGUGCUCACGAUGCACCCCAAAUACAAAGGAAAGAAAGCGGAGAACGGCAAAGGAGCUUCGGAUGCCAAAGACGAUAUGGAUUUGCUUGAUGCUCUGGAGCAAAAAUCUCGCGUGUUCAAGGGCCUUGCGGUCCCCGAUACGGAGAAGCGCUGGGAGGAAGAAGACUACACAGAUCCUCAAGGCGCAGACGAGGCCGAUGCACAGGCAGGCGCGAUGGACGACACUUUUGCCAUGCUCGAGGGACUGGCAGGAAAAGCGAAGGAGGACAAACCGCAUGCGCCGAGAAACGAUCGCGGAACUAGGAAGCGGAGCCGCAGCCCCGAGAACAACGAUUACGACCGUGGACGGCGCAGAGACAAAUACCGCUCGCGAUCAAGGUCUCGAAGCGCCCCGGGGUAUAACAAAAACGAUGAUCUUGUGGACGAGUUCGGGAGAUCGAUUAGGAAAUAUGGCCGGGAAGACAGCCGUCGCAAUGGCCAUAGUGACCAUCGGAGACACCGUGGUCGCGACGAGGAUAAUGAUUUCCGUCGUCCUCCGCCUCUCGAGCUGGAUGACCAUCCCGUUCUUUUCAAGGUCUAUGAUGGAACCGUGACAGGUGUAAAAGAUUUCGGUGCUUUUGUGAAUCUAAAGGGCGUCAGGGGGAAGGUGGAUGGUCUUGUUCAUGUUUCAGCAAUGCAAGAAGGAGCACGAGUGAAUCAUCCUUCGGAUUUGGUCUCGCGCGGACAACCAGUCAAAGUCAAAGUGGCUAGUAUCGAAGGCACUCGCAUCGGACUGUCCAUGAAGGAGGUGGAUCAAGUGACAGGCAUGGAUCUUGUUCCCCAGAAGCGCCUUGCUUCUGGUGCAAAUAUGGAACGCCUCGAUGGUGGAUUCAUAGAUGACAAGUACGGCAGCCUCGGAUCCGAUGUGCCCGUUAUUGAAGGGUCUGGAGGUCGACCAAUGAGGAACCGAAAGCGCAUGACUUCGCCAGAGCGAUGGGAGAUUAGACAAUUGAUUGCCUCCGGGGUUGCCUCUGCAGCAGAUUAUCCCGACAUCGACGAGGAAUAUAAUGCAACGCUCACCGGCGAAGGCACUUUCGAAGAGGAGGAAGAUAUCGACAUUGAGGUCAAAGAUGAGGAGCCUCCUUUCUUGGCUGGCCAGACGAAGCAAUCCCUCGAACUUUCUCCUAUUCGUGUUGUCAAGGCCCCCGAUGGCUCAAUGAAUCGUUCUGCCAUGGCAGGCACUAACCUUGCCAAGGAGAGACGCGAACUAAAGCAGCAGGAAGCUCAAGACAAGGCGGCUGAGAAGGCGGCAGAUGUUGAUCUCAAUGCUCAAUGGCAGGACCCCAUGGUUGCACCGGAAGAGCGAAAGUUUGCUGCUGAUCUUCGGAGUGCCCAGCAACCCAAGCAGGACGAGGCUGUACCGGAGUGGAAGAGAGUGACGAUGGGCAAAAACGCAUCGUUUGGAAAGCGGACAACCAUGUCCAUGAAACAACAACGCGAGAGUCUUCCAGUCUACAAGUUCCGAAAGCAAUUGCUGGAUGCAGUGAAGGACAAUCAAAUGAUGAUUGUCGUCGGAGAUACAGGUUCUGGAAAAACCACGCAAUUGACACAGUACCUGGCCGAGGGCGGAUAUGGAAACACCGGAAUGAUUGGUUGCACCCAGCCUCGCCGUGUUGCUGCCAUGUCAGUUGCUAAACGUGUAGCUGAGGAAGUUGGUUGCAAGCUCGGAGCAGAAGUUGGAUAUACCAUCCGUUUCGAGGAUUGUACUAGCCCAGACACCAAGAUCAAAUACAUGACCGACGGAAUGCUUCAGAGAGAAAUUCUUUUGGAUCCAGACCUCAAGAGAUAUUCCGUUAUCAUGCUCGACGAAGCGCACGAGCGGACAAUCGCGACUGAUAUCCUGUUCGGACUGUUGAAAAAGACAGUCAAACGAAGACCAGAUCUCAGAUUGAUUAUCACCUCUGCCACACUGGACGCUGAAAAGUUCUCCGAAUACUUCCACGGCUGUCCCAUUUUCUCCAUUCCCGGUCGAACUUUCCCUGUCGAAGUCAUGUACUCCAAGGAGCCCGAAUCUGAUUAUCUAGAUGCCGCACUCAUCACUGUCAUGCAAAUUCACUUGACAGAACCGCAAGGUGACAUUCUGCUCUUCUUAACGGGCCAAGAAGAGAUUGAUACAGCAUGUGAGAUCUUAUUCGAGCGCAUGAAAGCUUUGGGACCUACUGUCCCUGAACUGGUUGUCUUACCUGUUUACUCUGCACUACCCAGUGAGAUGCAGAGUAGGAUUUUCGACCCGGCACCUCCAGGCGGACGUAAAGUUGUUAUUGCAACCAAUAUUGCUGAGACCUCGAUCACAAUUGAUCAGAUUUACUACGUCAUUGAUCCCGGUUUUGUGAAGCAGAAUGCCUACGAUCCGAAGCUCGGCAUGGAUUCUCUUGUGGUGACUCCAAUUUCUCAAGCGCAAGCUAAGCAAAGAGCUGGCCGUGCCGGAAGAACGGGACCUGGAAAGUGCUUCCGAUUGUAUACAGAGGCUGCCUAUCAGUCUGAAAUGCUUCCAACAACCAUUCCCGAAAUUCAGCGUCAGAACCUCUCUCACACCAUUCUCAUGCUCAAGGCCAUGGGUAUCAACGACCUCCUCCACUUCGAUUUCAUGGACCCACCGCCUACCAACACAAUGUUGACAGCACUCGAAGAAUUAUAUGCCUUGUCAGCACUUGAUGAUGAGGGUCUUUUGACUCGACUUGGACGAAAGAUGGCCGAUUUCCCAAUGGAACCUGCGCUUGCGAAGGUGCUCAUUGCAUCCGUGGAUUCAGGCUGCUCCGAUGAAAUGCUUAGCAUUGUUGCCAUGCUAUCAAUCCAGUCUGUCUUCUACCGCCCCAAAGAAAAGCAGCAACAAGCAGACCAGAAAAAGUCCAAAUUCCACGAUCCCCACGGCGAUCAUCUGACCCUCCUCAAUGUCUACAAUGGGUGGAAGAACGCAGGCUUCAACAACUCCUGGUGUUUCGAGAACUUCAUCCAAGCACGACAGAUCAAGCGCGCCCAAGAUGUGCGCCAGCAACUACUAGGCAUCAUGAACCGUUACAAGCACCGGAUCGUCUCUUGUGGCCGAGAUACCAUGAAAGUGCGGCAGUCUCUAUGUACCGGCUUCUUCCGCAACGCAGCACGGAAAGACCCCCAGGAAGGAUACAAGACCCUGGUGGAAGGAACGCCCGUGUACAUGCACCCUAGUUCCGCGAUGUUCGGCAAACCGGCCGAGCAUGUCAUCUACCACACCCUGGUCCUCACAACCAAGGAAUACAUGCACUGCACCACUGCUAUUGAGCCGAAAUGGCUCGUGGAAGCGGCGCCUACUUUCUUCAAGGUUGCACCUACGGAUCGAUUGUCAAAACGUAAGAAGGCAGAGCGCAUCCAGCCUCUGCACAACCGCUUUGCUGGCGAAGACGAUUGGCGUAUCUCUGCCCAGCGACGCCAAGGCAGAGGUGGUGGUGGUGGAACUUGGGGUUGA